UCUGUCACCAGGAGACAGUCCACUUAAAUGCAGCUCCAGGGUUGCGGGACCCCCACCAGAAUCACUGCCCGUGUGAGGUGGCAAAUGCACCAUGCCCUCCAGCUUGGGGUGUCUACUUCUCUGUGGAAGUGUUGCACUAGCCCUGGGAAAUGCACAGAAAUUGCCUAAAGGUAAAAGGCCAAACCUGAAGGUCCACAUCAAUACCACAAGUGACUCCAUCCUCCUGAAGUUCCUGCGUCCAAGUCCUAAUGUAAAACUGGAAGGUUUUCUCCUGGGAUAUGGCAGUAACUUAUCACCAAACCAGUACUUCCCUCUUCCUGCCGAAGGGAAAUACACUGAGGCCAUAGUCGAUGCCGAGCCUAAAUAUCUGAUCGUCGUACGGCCCGCUCCUCCCCCCAGUCAAAAGAAGUCAUGCUCAGGUAAAAAACGAUCUCGCAAACCUCUCCAGCUGGUGGUUGGCACUCUGUCACCAAGCUCAGUCUUCCUGUCCUGGGGCUUCCUCAUUAACCCUCACCAUGAUUGGACAUUGCCUAGUCAGUGUCCCAAUGACAGAUACUACACAAUUCGCUAUAGAGAAAAGGAUAAGGAAAAGAAAUGGAUUUUUCAACUCUGUCCAGCCACUGAAACAAUCGUGGAAAAUCUAAAGCCUGACACAGUUUAUGAAUUCGGAGUGAAAGACAAUGUAGAAGGUGGAAUUUGGAGUAAGAUUUUUAAUCACAAGACUAUUGUCGGAAGUAAAAGCAAAGUAAAUGGGAAAAUCCAAAGUACCUAUGACCAACUCCACUCUGUGCCAGCAUAUGUCCCAAGAAAGCUAAUCCCAGUAACAAUCAUCAAGCAAGUGAUUCAGAAUGUUACACACAGAGCCUCAACUAAAUCUCCAGAUAAGACUCCCUAUGGAGGAACAAUACUGGUCCACCUUGUUAUCCCAGGCCUUAAUGAAACCACCGUAAAACUUCCCACUUCCAUAAUGUUCGAGAUUUCAGAGGCAAUCAAGACACAGUUAGCUAAGAAUGAAACCUUGGCAUUGCCUGCUGAAUCUAAAACACCAGAGGUAGAAAAAAUUCCAGCACUGCCCAUAACAGUGACUCCUGAAUCAGUUCCAAGAACCACUAAGCCCACUGUGUCUAGUGCAUUAGACAUUUCAGAAACAACACUGGUUCUCAGGGGAAGGACCCCCGGAACAUCACAAACUAUUUUAAUACCUAGGUUUGAAUUGCCACUGAGCACUCUAGCUCCGAAAAGGCUUCCAGAAUUUCCUCAGGCAAAAACACCUUUCCCUUUUGAGAAAGCUGGGGGCACCUUGGCUUCAAGUGAAAAGCCAGGGAUUGUGCCUACAAGUAAAAUAUCUGAAGAUUCCAAAAUUCUACUGCCUCAAACUGCCACUUAUGAUGUUUUCUCAAGCCCUACAACAUCAGAUGAGCCUGAGAUAUCAGAGCCCCACACAGCAACAAGCGAUCCACUUCUGGACUCUGUCCCACCUAAAACUUCUAGAACUCUUGAACAGCCAAGGGCAACACUGGCUCCGAGUGAAACACCAUUUAUUUCUCAAAAACUGGAAAUCUUUACCAGUCCUGAAUUGCAGCCUACAACACCUGCUCCCCUGCAAACUACAUCUGUCCCUUCUACACCUAAACGACGCCUCAGGCCCAAAACACCAAGAACUAAGCCUGAAAGAACCACAAGUCCUGGAACAAUUACAUCUAAAAUUUCUAAAAGCCCUGAACCUAGACGGACAACAAUGGCUCCCAGUAAAACACAAUUUAUUUCUUUGAAACCUAAAAUCCCUCUCAGUCCAGAAGUGACAGACAGCAAACCUGCCCCAGAACCGGAGGUUCUCCUACCAUCACAGCCGCCAAUAGUCUUAAAACCUGGAACGCUGGAAACUAAAUCUUCAACAACAUUAGCUCCACCAAAGACCAAACGGCCAGGUCGUCGUCCCCGCCCUAAAACUACACCUAGUCCAGAUGUGCCCAAGUCCAAACCUGCUCUGGAACCUGCAACGGUACCACCGGAACGCUUGGUGCCCACAAUUGAUUCAAAACCAGCAAAGCAAUUACUUUCUAAACCCACAGCAAAACCAGAUACGCCACCACCUACAUCCGUUUUUGAGCCUGUUACACCUGCGACCGAAGCGCCGUCCACAAGCAUAGUUCCUGCCACAGACAUUGAACCUGUAACUCUGAGAACUGAGGCUCCUCGGACAACUUUAGCUCCAAAAACAUCACAAAGAACAAGAACACGUCGCCCACGUCCACGUCCCAAACAUAAAACCACACCAAGACCCGAGACACCUCAGACCAAACUAGACUUUGAACCUAUUACUCCUGGGACAUCUUUAGCUCCAACAACUAAGAGACCCCGUCGUCUGCGUCCCAAACCUAAAACCACGCCCCAUCCAGAAGUACCUCAGACUAAACUGGUUCCUGCCACAAUCCCUGAACCAAUCAGUCUUAGGACCGAAGCUCCAGGAACAACAGUAGUUCCUGCUAUAGUCUUUGAACCAGUUACUCCUAUAAAAGAUGCUCCGGAGACAGCAUUCGUUCCUGCUACAGACCUUGAACCUGUCACUUUUCCACCUGAGACAUCUGGGACCACACUAGCUACUACCAAAACAUCAAAAAGACCUCGUCGUCCACGUCCCAGACCUAAAACCACACGAGGCCCUCAAGUACCUCAGACCAAACUGGUUCCUGCUACAACCCUUGAACCUGUCACUCUUAGAACAGAGGCCCCUGGAACAACAUUAGCUUCUAAAACAUCACAACAGACAAUUCAUCCACAUCCCAGACCAAAAACCACACCAAGUACUGAAGCUCCUGAGUCCAAACCAGUUCCUACUGCAGACUUUGAACCUGUUACAUUCAGAACUGAUGCUUGGGUAACAACAAAAGCUCCUAAAACAUCAAAACGGACCCGUCGUCCACGUCCCAAACUUAAAACUACAACAACUCCUGAGGCGCCUCAAACCAAACCGGUUCCUACUACAGAUCUUGAACCUGGUACUCUUAGAACUGAAGCUCCAGAAAUCGUGGUUCUUCCUACAGUCAUCGAACCUGUCACUCGUACAACCAAGGCUCCAGAAACAACAUUAGCUUAUAAAACAACACGAGUUCGUCGUCCACGUCCCAGACCCAAAACCACAUCAAGCCCUGAAGCACCUCAGACCAAAUUGGCUCCCACUGAACUGCAAACUCUUAUUUUGAAGCCAGUGACAUCAGCAAGCCUAGAAAUGACACAAAGUCAGCCUGUUUCUGAAGUCCUGGAAUUGCUUACAUUUAGCACUGAGUCAUCAAAGGAAGCGAUAGUUGUGGAAUCUAUUACACAUGUGUCUGAACCACCUGAGACCACACUAGCUUCCAAGCAGAUACCACGAACUCCUCCUAAACCAAAAACAUCUCCACGUCCAAGAAUCCCACAAACACAAUCAGCUCCUAAGGUAUUCCAGCAUGUUACUCUGAAGCCAAAGACAUCACCAAGUCCAGAAGUGUCCUAUACGCCACCUGUUCCAAGAGAUGUGGUCCUUCCCCAUAAACCAGUCCCCGAAGUCUCUCAGAGCGAACCUGUUCUGCAACCUGUUACCUUUACAAUCCAUCUGCCAGAGACAACUCUAGCUCCUUUAGAGACGCGAGGCAGCCCUCUGAUUCCUAUGAUUUCACCAAGUACUAGUCAAGAGGAGCUACAAACCAGUCUUGCAGAAACAGACCAGUCUACCCAAGAGCUCUUCACAAUGAAAGUUCCACGAACAACUGAAUUGGCAAAGACAACUCAGGCACCACACAGAGUGUAUACUACAACUAUGAGGCCCAGAACACCGGACAAGCCACACAUCAGACCUGAUUCUUCAUCAAUGAGACUAUCAUUUGCUUCCAACAUUCAUACUUUAAAUGCAAAGCUGAAGGAAGGAAAAGGCAAAGGAGUAGCUGAGUUUAGAAGUCAAAGAGAGAAAAUUAAAACUGCUGUACUGUAUCACCUGCUCUGCUUAUGGGGAGUACAUGCUCACAGAGACGAACCUCAGCAGAGACCAUCUGCAGACAGCGAGCGCUGGGGGACGCCACAGAUUGUUUUUAAGGCUCACUCGACAAAGCCCUCUCCAAGCCACCCCGGUGCAGCACAGUUCUUGCUGACUUGCAGGACCCGCCGCGAAGAGUUGCCUCUGAGAGUUCCACACGGACCGGAUGAAGAACGGGGCGCUCGCAGCCUCCCUCGACGACCACCAGAAACCCCCGGAGACUCCGGAAGCCCACGCUGUCCCGGCGGGGUUCGACUGGCCGCAGGCCCAGGGCGCCCACACCCCUCCCCCACCUCCCGGCCCCGGCAACCUCGGCCGGAGCCUUCUCCGAGUCGGUUGAGGGCGACCGAGGCCACCUGCCGCUCCGCCGCUGAGGAAGAAAGUGGUCGACUGCCACUCCCUCCAGGGGAGCUGAGCCGAAAACUUCUCGGGGAGACGCCUCGGAAAGCUCUCUCAUUUGAUCCCGGACUAAUAAAAGGGCCCCAGGGCCACAGGGCCGUGAGUGCCGACCCGGGACGCGUCCGCACCCUCCCGCCUCCUGGCCCGGCUCGGACUUUCCCGCUGACCCCGAGCCGGGCGCGCCGCGCUCCCCUUCCAAAACCCCCGAGCCCCUCCGCCAGUGCGCCGAACCCCGCGUGUCGCGGGAGAGAGCCUGCGAGGGGCUGCCCUCCACCACCGCCACGCCGCCGUGCGCCCCGGCGCGCCCCAAGCUGGCCUGACUGGGCGUGGAGACCAACCCGGAGCAGGGUCGGAGCCCCACGCCCCCGGCCAACCCGCCCGGGAAGGCGGCGCAACGCAGCCCUCAGCUCCACUCACCUCCAGCAGCUCCUCUCAACCUGCGGCGCGCGCCGGCCGCUCGCCGCCUCGCCCGCGGCUCAGGGACCUCGGAGAAGGGGGCGGGGCGCAGGGGGCGGAGCCGGCCCCGGGCUAGCGAGCGCCAGAAUUAAACCCCGAAAGUACCGGAUCAACUCGGGCCCCGCUGCAAAGGCAAGGAAGUCGGGGACGACCCGCAAGCCUCCGACUCCGGGCGGGAAACGGCUGCCGCUGCGUCCCGGAGCGGAACGGAGGGACAGCUCGGGCCUGCAAAACCCCAGGCGGCUCUCGGGACCUCAAGGAACCCUGGCUUUCGGCGGCGCUCUCUUUGUACCCGCGCGAGCCGGCCGGCGGGCAGACUCCAGUGCGCCUGCGCACCGAUCAGACUCCACCAGGCCCACGGGGCACCUUCGCGCACCUCCGCCGCCUCACCCCGGUCCGCUGGCUUCUGCACCGCGAGCAGCAGGCAGAGCCGCUCCUUCCGCCCCGGCACGCUCCUGCUGCAGCUGUGUGUUUACUUUCUUUCCCCGAGGGAGAGGGAAAAAAAUCCAUCCCUAG